UUCCACGAGUCCGAAAUCUUAAGAACCGCAAACAGCUUUGUGACUAUCCUAAGCGUUGUUUCUGUUUGCGGUGUGAUUUGAUCUCUUUUGGUAUUUCGAUGUCGAUCUUUCUCUGCGUUCUCUUAAUUUGCGCAAUUAUGCAUUUAUUUUUGUGUUUUCUAGAUGUUUUGUCGCAGUAUUUUUUUCCCUACUUUUGUUUGUUUCCUCUGGUAAAUGCUGUGAUUUCUCCUCGUACAAUUUGCUAACAUUUGCGUGGAAUGCCCAUCGUGAAUUCUCUUUAAGAAUUUGAUGGGAUUGAAGUAUAAGAGAAUUUGAAAAGUUGAUUGGUAUAGUGUAAUUGAAAGAGUGAUGAAUGCUACUUUAACUUUGUUACUGUUUUCAGUGUUAGGAGCGGAGCGAAUAGAGAUGGAGAAGAGAGUGUUAUUAGGGGUGCUAAAGAAGAACAAUCCCAUCAAGAAAAACAAGAAAAGGUUCCUCAAAAAAGUUGUGGGCUAUCUGGACUCUGAUUCUUGCAUGUUUGCGCCUCUAAUCUCUACCCCUCAUACUGAUUUUCUUGCAUCAAAAUCCAGCUCUUCUUCUACUACAGGACAUUCUAGGUUUAUUAAAAAGAUUACUGUGGAAGUGUCAAACAGGAAAUUAACAAGGAAGGAUAAUCAAUCAACUGUUGAGAAAUCAAAUGUAACAGUACAAGACCAAUUCUCUGAGCUUCCUAAAAAAGGCAUUUAUGGCCAGCAGAAAUUUGUGCACAAGGAAUCGGUGAAGCUCAUAGUUAAGUUGCUGCUCUUCUUUGUCAGAGAAGGGAACACAUGAUUCACAGCUGCGGGAGCUCCUUGUUGACUGAACCAUCGAUAAAGUACGACAUAUGCAUCGUGUUGUAAUCAAGUGCGAACAGUGUUUGAACUUGGUUUUUUUUCUUCGUGUUGUCAGAAAUGAGCACUUCUAUUGUAGAAAACACUCUCUUCGUCUGAUGGAAUCAAGGUUUUUGUAUUUGUUUUUGCAGUUGAGAAGUGUCUUUGACCUUCAGAAUCUCAGGUCUAAUUUGCUCUACUGAACAGUACAGGCCGUUAAUAUUUGUCAUGCUAGUGCAGACAGACGGAAGUUUUUAUUGGGAAUCACUUGGAAAAAGUUCGAAACUGCAAAGAUUAUCAGUGGCGGUGACAGUUUACGAAGAUUAGACUGCAUAAAGUGCUUCCUCCCUGUACUGGGGCCACCUGAAUCAGUAUGAGAAGCUUGAAAUGCCAUCUAAGUUGAUUAUUCCUGUUAUGGGCAGAAUUUCAUAAUAAAAUACUGGCAUCUGAUUUGAUGAGAAACGAACAAGGAUGCAACACAACAUUGAUUUUAUCCUAUAUCAGUUAUAGAAAUCUCAACACUUUGUAUUUUUCCUAGUUUGUGUUGUCUAUAUCAUGAAUGAACCAUGUAACAUUUCAUGAUUAUAAGUGCAGGUUGUCGUGUUAGGCAAUGUACGAUUAAAAUUAAAUGUUCGACUUGUCAGUUUCAGAAAGUAAAUUAUCUCAACUUUCUUCCU